AUGUUGUCUCCAGUUGUUCGCAUCUCCUAUACAUUCGUUUUAUUGACUUAUGUCUUUUCCUACGUUAAAGCAGACUGUUCAUCAUACGGCAUUGAUUUUCAGAAUGGAGCUAGUUAUUUCAUCAAUAGCGGAGAUACUUCCAACUUCACCUCCGUCACGCAGUUUACGGGAUGUACUGGCACAGCCGAUGUAAUUCUUGUUGCCCCUGAUGAGGAUUCCUGGUUGUGUAGCGACAUAAACACUCAGCCUGACAAUACAAAUAUGCUUUCAACAUGUCCUCUCUCGAAAAGCGAGAUGUAUAGUGGUAGUUGGACUAUCGUUAUUUUGGGUAAUAAUGGAAAUUCAUCAUCUUUCGCUGCCCAAAGAACAUUUGAACUUGUACUUGGCCCUCAAGCUACAGUCACAUAUAUCCCAACAGUAAAUAUCACGAGUGUGGUAACACCAUCAACAACUUUACCCACGACCAUUACUGAAGUUGACUCAACCACGCUUCCCGCUGUUACAAUUACCGAGCCUUCAGCCACCGCCAAAAACACAGUGACAAUUACACCUAAACGAGUCACAACGACCAAGAUCACCACAUCCACGCGGACUUUUACUUCUAGAAAAUACACCUUUCCUAUCGUUACCGUCACCAAGACAGCAUCUUGUAAAGUUCCCAUCAAGCCAACCGCAAGAGAUCCAUUCGCAAAUGAACAUUUCCUUGCUCUUGCCCAAAGUAUCAAAUCCAAUCUUGCCUAUAGACGUACUGCUGGACCAGCACCAAUACCUGCUGCCAUCACCUCAGCUCCAAGAGCCAAUUUCAACAACCGCGACGUUCCAGUUGACAUUGCUAGUGUUCUUGGACGUCGUGCUGUUGGACGUCUUCUCGAGAAAAAGCUCAAGAAGCGUGCUCCGGAUGUGCCAACUUUGACAAUCAUUGAUACAAACACAGCUGACUGGGAGACUUCCACUAUUACCACCACUACUGAUACCACAACUUUCUAUAGCACAGCCACUACAACCACAUCUACCACUAUUGUCACGAUUACAAAGACUGCAACACCUUCUUCAGUAAUUGCAUCCUGUACCUCGAAGGGUGGUGUAAUCAUUUGA